AUGAGGCCCGAAGACUACGCCAAGUAUAUGCGCGACCAUAAAUUGGACCCUGAGAAUCGACCAAAAGAUCGCGGCGACGCCAUACACUCAGCUAUCCUCGACAAGCGAGUUUACAUCGCCAUAGAGCUUCUGAACCUGUACCCAGAAGAUUGCCUCGAGGCACGAAGUCGGACGGGAUCCAAAAAUUGGCGCACUCCGUUACACAACGCCUGUGAGCAUAACCGUACAUUGGUUGUUAAGGAACUUCUCGAUAAAGGAGCCGAUUCCAAUGCACGAAGCUUCCACAGAUUUACUCCGCUCAUAUUCGCAGUUGAAGCAGAGAAUCUUGAGAUUGUGAAACUUCUGGUGGAAAAGGGGGCCGACGUCAAUCUCCAGUCCAAUGCAAAGACCAAUGAACGAAGCGCACUUCAUGUUGCCGCGAACAUAGUGUCUCCGGACAUCAUUCUGACUCUUCUAAAUAAUGGGGCAGACCCAAAGCUUGUGACGAAGACUGGCAAUACUCCUUUGCACUUCGCCGUUCGAUCUGGUUGUGCAUCUGCCGCCGCUCUUUUGCUGUUCCAUGGGGCGUCUCCUAUAGCCACAAAUGAGAAGGGAGAAUCACCACUCAGUCUGAUUGAGAACUUGGGAAAAGACGACCACAGAAAGUUUACUCACAUCUUCGAGUGCGCUCAGAGGAAAUGUGACUUUGGGGACUUCUUCAAUCAACACCUUCGGCAGAAUCCACCAAUUGAUCUUGUUUCUGCGUUACACUGGGCCAUCUCGCAUGACCUUGACGGAGCUCUUGCUUACCUGUUACAUAUUGACUCACACGCUAUAGAGGCAAGGCUGUCUAGCGGAUGGUAUCCGCUUCACGUAGCAGCGAGGGGUGGACAUGAGAAAUGUGUUGCGAUUCUUCUCGAACAUGAGGCAGAAGUUGAUUGCAAAACCAAGACAGGCUGGACACCACUAAUGAUGGCCGCUGAAAAGGGCGAUAAGAAGGUUCUUCGAAUUUUACUGAACCACGAUGCGAACUGCUCAGCAACUAAUGCGAAUGGAGACACUGCAUGGAAGAUUGCCAGGCACCAUGGCCAUAGGUUCCCAAUGCUUUUGGCAGUCAGGCAUGUCAGUCCGUCAAAUGUAAAUCGUGAAGGAAAGGAAAUGGACGGAGAUGACCGAUUGGCACCUCCGAAGGAGAGGCCGUACUGCAGAACGCCCUCUCCAGGUCCAAGGGAUGUCAUAGAAGAGCCAGGCGAGCUGUUCGCACUGUCAGAUGCGAAAUCUGACGAGAUAUCAACUCAAACACCCCAGAACUUGGAGUAUUUCGAAGACUUCCUCAAGACUCUGGAGCAAACAUGGUAUAAUAGAAUCCAGUGGGACCCCGAAGAUGACGUGGAAAACCCUCGGAAAGAUUGGACUGGCCCAGUGAAGAUCGCUAUACUUGACACUGGAAUCGACCUCAACCAUCAAGACUUUGACCGGCGAGCCAAGAGAAGAACAAAAAUAGGAUUGAAACACGUCUCAGAAAAGAAGCAGCGCGAACGGAUCAAGGCAUGCAAGAACUUUACAGAUGGACCCGAGGAUGAUGUGACUGAUAACGACGGUCACGGCACUCAUAUUGCCGGUCUUAUCAUGACUAUUGCUCCACGCGCGGAGCUAUAUAUUGCAAAAGUGAGCUCAUCACAGAGACCCGAGAAUAAAGAAGGAAGCUCAGCAAGGGCGACGAAAAGGCGUGGGAAAGAGUCUCAUCCAAUCCAAGAGGCCCUGAAGUGGGCUAUUGAAAAUGAGGUCAACAUUAUCAACAUGUCACUUGGCUUCUCUGAACUAGGUUCUCUCGAGCUUACCAAGACUCUGACAGAUGCAGACCGCAAAGGGAUCAGUGUUUUCGCAGCCGCUUCGAACCAUGGCAACCGUAAUCCCAUAGCCUGGCCAGCGCGUGAUCGCCUUCUGGCCAUUUGUGUAGGAUCGAAUGACGAGAUGAAUAAGCUUUCAGCAUUCGCUCCCAGUACAAAUAAGAAGUUUCCAAUUUUUGUCACUUAUGGAGAGAACAUAUACAGCCAUUGGCCCGGCGGCGGUUAUCGCAAGAUGAGCGGUACAUCAGUCUCGACACCGAUUGCUGUAGGCAUGGCAGCCAUGAUAAUCGCCUUUCUGAACAAGACAAAUGCAUGGCCACCAGAUGCUAAAGCUAACUGUCUUGGGAGGAUAAAAGAGUGGCGGAUAAGAGGUACUGCAGGUAUGGGAAGAGUAUUGGAGAAUAUGUGUCGGGACAUCAAUGGCCUCAAGCUUCUGUCACCAAAACUGAUGUGGGAGGAUUGUACUGUGCCGAACCCGGAACCGAUACAGAUUCUCGGUUUCUUGAGUUAUUACGAAGGUCAUGAAAUAGGCAGUUGA